AUGGUGAACCAGAGGCCGACGAUGGUACUGUUGUCAAUUUUACUACGCCCUAAAGAAGGAAUGCGUUUUGACUCCGGUUUUGAAUUUAGUGAAUUUUGUCACUGCUAUGCUUACAACGAAGGUUUUGAGAUGUUUGUGAGUAGUGAUGAGAUAAAGAAAGAGUAUAAGGAUAAGGGUGUAAGUAAGAAAGGUAUAGGAGAACUUGAGGCUAAGGCGCAUAUGAUGCAACGAAUAAGAUUAAAAUGCAAGAAGGGAGGUGUUAAAAAAAGCGAGGGGUCUAAUGUUACAGGUUGCAAAGUCUUUGUUUAUGGUUCAUGUAAAAAUGGAGAGUUUAUAGUUGUUAAUUGUCAUUUGGUGCAUAAUCACCCUCUAAGCCCCGAAUGUAGUCGAAUGAUGGUUAAUUACCGUAGCAUUGAUGGAGCUACCUUCGAUAGGAUAAUGAUAAAUGAAAGGGGGGGUGUGAGCGUUAGUAGAAACUUUGGCACUCAACUGAUUGAAAAAGGUGGUUUUGAUAAUAUUACGUUCAACAAAAGGGAUGUUAGAAAUGCCAUAGCUGUUGAACGUCGUAAAACAAUGUUUGAGGAAGGAGAUGCUGCCAGUCUUGAAAAGUAUUUCAAAUCACAACGAGAAUUGAAUAGCGAUUUUUAUAGUUCUAUGCAACGAGAUGAAGACGGUAUUUUAAAGAACGCAUUCUGGUCUGAUGCGCGUAGCAGAGGAACUUGCAAAUACUUCGGGGAUGUGAUUAGUUUCGACACCACCUUCUCUAGCAAUAGGUAUCGUAUGCCGUUUGCCCCUUUUGUUGGCGUCAACCACCACGGGAAAUCAAUUGUAUUCGCCGCCGCUUUAAUAUCACAUGAAGAUACUGAAACUUUUGUUUGGGUUUUUGAGGAAUGGUUGAAGUGCAUGGGAAAGCCUCCGAAGGGCAUUUUAACCGACCAAGACAAGGCAAUAGGUAAGGCAAUUAGCCUAGUUUUCCCAGGUGUUCCACACCGUCUUUGUUUGUGGCACAUGCUACAGAAUGCCUCUCGGAACCUUGGCAAACUUGCUGAAUGGAAAAGCAUUGAUACACUUAUUAGAACGACCGUUCAUGAUAUGCUCGAUCCUGAGGAGUUUGAUGAGGCUUGGUGUCUUGUGAUGGACACAUAUAAUCAACGUAAGGGCUGGAUCCUACAAUAG